AUGCCACCGUGCCUUAAAGCAGUACUUACCUCAAAGCGGAUAAUAAAAGCAGGAGUCCGAGUUGAGGAGGUUUUGAUCAAGCUCUCGGAUGCCUUUCACCUGCCUGAACUUGCAGAGGUAACCAGACGUUCAGACGGAGAUAUCCUUGACUUGAGUAAAUUUGCCAAAUUGAAGGGCAUUGUCAAGGAUACAAGUCUACCGUUGUCAACCUUGGCCCCUGUUGUUCUUCACCGACGAUUUCCUUUAUUGGACAAUAUUCGCAAUGCCCGCUGGUCACAUGAUUUACCCUCUCAUUUAAUCGACUAUCUCCGCGAUGAAGUUGAAUGUGUCUGGGAAGUAUAUACAUCCCUAAACUCUCUCCCUUCAGUUGGUCUACCCCUACAGUCACAGGAUGUAUCGGUCGGGAAGCUUGUUACUCUAGUGCUUGGGAAAAAAGAAGUGGCAGAGGGUGAGAUUAUUGAGCAUCCGGGAUAUAUCGACGCUGUAAAGGAUGAAACCGGUUUAACUCAGCGAAUUAAUGUUACCUCAACAAGAACGGCCAUCCGAAUUACGCAUGCUUUUGUACCUGGCCAUAUUCUUGCUUUCCAUUCACAGACUAUCCAAUGGAUCAUGUCCCGUGGUUGCCUUGCAGUUGUUACAACUCAAACUCUCCGGUCACGAUCUCAAAGCUCACCUCACCCAUUUGCACCCACAUCAUUACUGGGUAUAGCAGCACCUAUCGUAGAUUCUGCUGCUUCUCUUGCAGCCCACACAGCCCCCUGCAACCCAGAUUCACGGUUUGUAGACAACUUUCCUAAUCAGACAGAUUUCAACGAUGGCGAAGAGGUUGAAAGUUGGGACUCCGAGGAGGCUGGCGAUGCAGAUGAGGACGACAACUUAGAUUCAGAGCUUGCACAUGGUGACGAUGAAAAUUCUCAGAGUGUUAGCAUAGUCCCAGGCAUAACUCCGACUCAAAAGAAGAUUGAUAGCCGGGUUCUUGACGACGCAUUUCAUUUCAUGGAUCGGCUUCUCAAAAAGCUUCCCAAGAAACACUCCGCAUUUAAAGAAUUCUCGCAUUGUUUUAGCCGAACCAUAUUUACCUGGGAUUUGGACGAUACCAAUGCUGUCAAAAAAGUCUUCGAAUCAAAAGGAAUAUCAUGGGAUUAUGCUAUGCGAGCCAAGUUGCCAUCGCUGCGAAGACGUAUACGGAGAUUCAUCCCCCCUCCCGACAGGCUCUAUCAUGAUCUGAAGCUUCUUUUUGAUAGUUUCAAGGACAUAAUCUGCUCGUUGAAACCCCGCCAACGAGGAAAGUUUUUCUCAGACGAGGCACGCAAAGAAUGUGAAAAUCUACUUGACUCUGUUCAGCUAGGACUACUAUCAGACCCUCCCAACUUUCCACUCUAUUAUCGCAUGGGAAAGGAUAAGGAUGGACUGAAUAUAUACCGCACAAUCCGAGGCACUAACUCUGUAGAGGGUGGGGUGCAUAUGCCUCUUCGUCGUACUUUUGGCUCCCUAUCUGCAUCUCCGGAGCUUGCAGAAGCGAUGCUCGGUAAUCAGUGCCACCGGCGCAACAUUUCGAUAGGCGAAUUCAACCGAACAGGAAUGAAACACAAAACUCACUACGACACUUGGUUACUUGAUGAGAUUGUGGAGAGAUCGACUACCAUUGGAACCAAAUCUUCUUUCCCUAUUCCUCGCAUGCUCGCUACUCGUAUUGCUACCUCUGAAACUUUCAGUAUUAUCCCAGUCUCAACAUCCCUUACAUCUCGGCUCAAUGUGCAGGCACUUCCACGUAUACGGGUUGAAGGUGUCCCGCAUCAUCGAGAUACCCCUGUCCAUCUUAUGACUAGGUUUACCACAAAAGCAACAAACUCAUACCGAUUCCUUCAACUACGCCAACGAACUACUAUUCCGGUGCUACCUGUUCAUACCCAUGCUGAGUUUGUUGAGUUCAAGUAUUUGGUCAACAGUAACCAGUUCACAGUUGGCCGGAAAAAGGACAAGAUAGAUUUUGAAAAGCUCGCGCAACAUUGGAAUAUGCGGGUCAACCUCCAGGACCCCAAGAUACUUGAUUCAAACCAAAGACUAUACUACAAGCUACCGGAAUUAUUAGAAGUCCACUACAAGAAGGGAAUUCAAUGGCGUGCGGAACGAGCAACUAUACUUACCGGCCAAAAUGCGGUGGCACUACACCCUAUUCAUCAGCUUGUUUAUGACUCCGAGCGUUAUAUUCAAGUGCCGCCCGCUGUACUUCUAUCGGAAAUGGAUUUGACUGUUAACGCUGCCACCAGCCCGGAUGUACUAGCAUUCGAAAUGAGCGUGCCAAAUGACAGUCGGAUCACCGAGUUGCCACAGGAUUAUAUUGAGGAGGGGGUGAGGCCAGAAGAUCCAAUGUUGAUACACGGUAGUGACGACUCGGUGACCGGAACCAGUAUGACACAAACCGCCCAUCCUGACUUGAACAACGAAGUGCCAUCUGGCCAUCCGUGUCAGUCUUCCGCAGACAUCUCAGCCUCUCCGAAUGGAAUCAAUCGCCUACCAGCACCGCAAGGCGUGGGUACGGGUACGCAACCAUUCAGCGAUGACGGUGAUUCUCAACAAGCAACAUUGACAUUCUCCAUGCCCGACACAAGCAAUCCUGGCAAAAAGGCUGACAAGAAACAACCAAAACGAUGUGCGAAAUGUCUUGGAGCUGGAUGUAGCAAGGCAGUUGGCUGUCCGGGCAGUGGUAAUAGGGCAAGGUGCCGAUGUGGACAUCCCGACAUUGGACGUGUUCGAAUUCCGAAGAACAUGACCCUUGCACAAGUUACAGCGACCGGUAAACGAAGAAAGGUAGAUUGA